GCUGUGUGGCUUUGCGUGGGUGACUUCACUUCCCUGAGCCUUCAUUCAUUUAUAGAAAGAAGAUGCUACGAUUUUCCCUGUGGCGUCAUGCGGGAUUGAAAGGCUCUCUGAGCCUUUUUAACUAAGCCUCUUGCAUAUAUGAUGAAAAGUCCUUUCUGGGGAGUCCUGUUUGUAUGCAGUUAUAGCAAGGCACACCAAGGGAAGGAAGCUUGGGGUGUGGAGGGCCUCCCCGCAGAAGCGGUGGCCAGUGGACCUGCUGGAACCAGCCUGCCUCUCCCUGCCGGCUCUGCCAUGGGAGCGUGCUGACAGCCCCAUCCACGAUGAGAUGUGAGACUGCUGGCUUUACCCAGCAAUCACGCCCCCCUACCCGGGGCCUACUGGCUCAGCAGUUGCUUUUCUACUCCUGAUGUCCUUAAUCCCCAUGGAUCCUCAACCAUAACCAUGGUCGCGCGGGUCGAGGUCGGCUCCAUAGCGUCCCUGACUGCAGUGCCAGGCCUCGGUGACAUUGGCAAAGAGGAAACCCUGAAGCGGACUUACUUCUGCCAGCCUGGUGAUACCUCUGGGGCUCCCUCAGCCCGGAUCUUGGAAGGAAAGAGCCUGCUGAGGAGCCCAGCUCGCUUACUCCCCUUGCCGAGGCUCUCCCCUAAGCCCUUCUGCAAGGAGCAGGCUCCUGCAGAUGGGAAACCCCCUGUGUCGUCUUUGCUGCACAGUCUGCCCAACCUGUGUCCUUCUGGUGGGCUCUCUGAGGAGGUGGCAGCAGAGGACCUGGAUAAGAGGAUGCCCGGUUUGGUGGGGCAGGAGGCUGAUGAUGGGGAGAGACCAAGGAGAAGCUCAUCUCUGUUCACCAAGGCUGUGUUCCUGCGGCCCAGCCCCAAUGCUAUGAUUCUCUUUGAAACCACCAAAACUGGCCCCACUCUGGGGAAGAUGGUCAGUGAGGAGAUGCAGGAGGCCAAGGCAGGCAUGUCUCAGGAGCCCCCUUCAGGCACCACGCUUGAGGUGGCUGCCAAGCCCCCUGUGCCCACCCGAAAGCCCCCGGGGACCCUUCCCCGACCAGCCUCCCUGCCGCAGGACAUGAGGCCAGCUGCAGCCCAAGAGGCGGUAGGCCAAGACCAGGCUGUCUCAAAGGCCAGUGGUGUGGAGGACACGGCGGGCCCUGCUCCGGAGCCCAGACCUCGCCUAAAGAGAAGGCCCGUGUCAGACAUUUUUAUAGAAGCCCUUCAGCCUCAGAAGCCAGGCCCUGGCGGUGCAGCCACUGUGGGGAAAACACCACCCAUCCCUCCUGAGAAGACGUGGGUGAGGAAGCCCCGGCCUUUGUCCAUGGACCUCACAGCCCCGUUUGAGAGCAAAGAGGCCUUGCUGAGGAAGACGGCCGAUGAAGCGAGUGGAGCCACAGUGGGCUCAAGCGCUGACCGCUGGGGCCCAGAGAGGUCCAAACCAGAGCCCAAGGUGGACAAGGAGUGUUUGGCCAAGGCAGAGCCCCCUCUUCAUGGCAUGAAUUCAGAAUUCCUGGAGGUGGCCAGAAAAAUGCAUGAACAGCAGGAGAAAGUGCCUUUGAAGCAUGACACGGGUAGCCUCAGGGCCCCAGGGGCCUCAGCCAGGGUUGUCCUGAGAGAUGACCUGAGUCCUUCGGAAGAGCAAGUCAAGCUGGCCCGCGAGCAUGAGAAAGCACCUGAGUCCCCUUCGCCCAGGCCAGGAAGAGACUCAGAACUUGCUGAGGUCAAGGUCAGACCAGUUGACAGAGGAGUCCCAGCCCCUGCAGGGGGCAAGUGGGCCUCCAGGGGGAGCAUGAAGAAGUGUAUCAGCCUGCUUGGGGAGGACAGCGCUGUGCCCAUGUCCUUGGCAGCGGGGCCUGGACCCCCGUUGGCCACCCCUGAUUCCCCAUUGGCAAUGGCAGAGCCCAAGAAAGUGGGUGUGAGUGUCCAGGAGCGGGUCAGAGGCUGGGCUGCUGAGAGCUCCGAGGUGAAGCCCGAGAUGAGGAGGAGGACAUUCCAGGCUCGGCCGCUGUCCGCAGAUUUGACCAAAGUGUUUUCAAGUUCAGAUUCAAGCAAGGAAGUCAGAUAUGAGAAGUGUGCUGAGCUGAGUGGCGAGCUUUCUAAGAAGCUGAGAGAAAAGCCAAAGGACAGGCCUGGUCUGGUUGAAACAUCUGCUCCAAGAAGCCCCUGGAAGCCGGUGACACUCCAGGAAAAGUCUAGGCAGAUGGAGCAGAAAGACAGUUCUAACCAAGUCCCUGACAACGGCUGGGGUGAGAGCACAGCAGGAACUCCUGACGUCACUCCAGAAGAUGAGGGAAGCUUCCAGACCGUGUGGGCCACAGUGUUUGAGCAUCAUGUGGAGAAACAUACUGUGUCUAACCCCACGAGAAGCUUUCUCUUAGCCAUGCCCCCCAAUAAUGUGCCCGAUACACGUGUCCAAGAACCCAGGCCCAGGCCAGAGAAAGGCUCUUGGCUAGGGAAGGACCCACUGGAAACAACAAACCUCAAGAAAGACAACCCCAGGAGCCUUGACAAUCCUAAGACAGAGAAAUCGGGACAUAAUGCUCUUUUGAAUGGAGAGGGUGAGUCAAGAAGGUAUCACACAUCUCUCCAGGAAAAAUACCCUUUGGGUGAAAAACACAACAAGAGCCCUUUCAUAAAACACUCAGAAAAUUCUUCCGCAUCCCAGAGGAUUGAGCCCAAGUAUGACAUUAUGCACACAGUGGGGGGCCGCGCUCACAGCGAGGCCAUCUCAACAGCACCAGAGAAGAAAGCGGUGACCCUCCGGAGCAGCAAGUCUCAGUCCUCACUGAAGGGGAGGCACCUGUCCCAGGAAGUCACCCUGGCUGAUCUGGAGUCUGGUCCAGAGAGUCAGGUGGGGUCUGUCCAAAGGGUCAGUUUGAUUUGGGAAACUCGAGGGAUGCAUGAGUCUAGUGGGCCAAAGCUUGAUUUUCGAGAGUCAAAGGAUGUGAUUGGGGGCAAUUGCCUGUCGCCCAGAUGGACAGGUAGGGUGGUAGGGAGCUGGCAUGAAGUGGUCAGUGAAGAGCCCCAUUCUCCUGGGACCACCUCCAUGAGCACUGUCAAGGCUCCUGUCUGGGAGACCCAGCAUGAAGGGCCCGAAGGGACUGGACACAUGCCAGGAGUAGAAGCAAGGGGUCCUCCCCAGGAGUGCUCCCUGGGUCCUCCUUCCAAGGCUAAGGUUGAGCCCUUUGAAUUCCAAGCACAAGCACAUCCAUAUGUGUCUCCUGUGCAGAAAGGGACCCUUACUGCACCUGCCAGUGAGGGUGACCAAAGGCUGGUCCAGAUACCAGAGCCUGAAGUCAAAAUGAGGAAAGCUGGUUUGAUUGACCAGAGAAUGGACAGAUGGAGACGACGGACUCUACCCCAUGAUGUGAAAUUUGAUGCAUUUGGUUUCCUCACCCCAAAGAACUUGUCGAAGGUGGAGGAGAGACAGACUGAUUAUUUGACUCACACACCUGGUGCCUUAAAAAAACCUCAGCUAUCCCCCAAUAGGGUGGAGACCCAGGAGGUGAACCCAGGUGCUUUACAGGACCAGACUGUCUCAGUGGUAAAGCAAGAGUCACCUGUGGAACCCAAGGCAACAUUUUUUGCAGUAACCUAUCAGAUUCCUGAUAUUCAAAAGGCAAAGGGUGUUGUUAUAUCAGGGCUUGACAACUUGCUGGAACAUUCUAGAAAAAUCACUCCACCUUCCUCUCCUCAUUCUUUCACAUCAACUUUGGUUUCUCUUAACCAUGAAGAGCCACUGGAGGCAGUGGGCAGUAAAAACUGGACUAAGGGAAGAGUGCAUGAAAAUGUAAGUGUUUUAAAAAUUCUGAAGCCGACAGAGCGCCCAUCAUCUGUUGGGGACAAGAUUCUGGAAACUUCUAGGGAAAAAGUCAUCAACGUGGAUGCUUUAUGGCGUCAUCCAGGAUCUGAAGAUGGCUCUGGUUUUCAGAACAAUUGGAAGGAUACCGGAAGCAGGAUGUCCCCUAGCAACACUGCUCCGAAAACUACCCCGACUUUGAAGAAUCGUCCAAAGGAUCUCGUUAGAAGGAGGACAGAGGUGAUCAGUGAGACAUUCCCAGGCAAGAUCAAAGAUGGCUACAGAUUGAGUGUGCUGGACAUUGACGCGCUGAUGGCUGAGUACCAGGAGCUGUCUAACAAAGUCCCUGGCGAGGCUCAGGAGUGGAAGGAGAGCCGGACUUUGGUGCCCAGCAGCUCCCCUUGGGAAAGGCCAGGUGGGGUGGGACAGAGGAGGAGGAGCGUGAAGGACACCUCCGAAGCAGAGGGUCUCCGGAAACAAGCUGCUCCAGAAACAAAGCACAGCUCUCCCAGUUCAGGCAGGCAGCCGGCAGAGACCCUAGGGGCAGCCACGAACACCAAAGCCAGCUCUCCUUUGUGGGCUCUGCCACAGGGGACUCCUUCUGAGAGGUAUCCAGGGGUCUCUUCUGUCUCUGAAGGCUCCAGGAAAAAAGGCUUAGGAAUUACAGAGGAAGACAACAAUGCCUUUGCCAGUAAACAUCACAAUGCAAAGUGUCCAAACGACCCAGCUGAGUUGAAGAAGCCCUUUGGUCGGGAGGAUCUGGGAGGGAGGGUCAGAGUGUCACCCAAAUCACCCCCUGCUGACUGGAAGAAAGGGAGCCUGAGGAAAUCCGCUGAGUGGGGAGAGGAAGACAUUGUGGCCCAGUGGGGAGACCACCCACGUGACUGUGGCAGGUCGCCCAUGGAUGUCAAGAGGGCCUAUUCAGAGAAGGGGCCCCCUGCCAUGAUUCGAGAUGGUCUGUCCAUCAUGCAUGAAGCCAGAGAGAGGAGGAGAGAGCAGCCCAAAGAGAGACACAGCCUCCCGGGGGAGAGUUCAAAAGCCAAACUGGGGCCCUCCUGUUGGGAGUCAGGGAUUCCAGAUGGUCACAAGUUGCUGCCUCGGGACCUGGAGAAGGAGAAUGUGAUCCAGGACAGUGAGCACCCGCCCUGGCACAUGAGCCCUGCGGCCUUGGGUCCCCGAAGAAGCCACAGCUUCUCUAAGGACAAGAGGAGUGGGCCCUUUGUGGACCAGCUGAAGCAGUGUUUCUCCAGACGAACCCCGCAGGCCAAGGACACAGACACCCUCGUGCAUGAAGCCGACAGCCAGUAUGGGACAUGGACAGACCAGCGCCAGAGCAGGGAGAGCUCAGCCCCGGAGUCCCCAGACAGCAGUGUCACAUCGACACAGAAACAGCCCCCCAGUAGCCGCUUAUCUUCUCUGUCCUCCCAAACGGAGCCCACCUCAGCUGGAGACCAGUACGAAUACUCCAGGGACCAGCAGAGCACUAGUGUGGACCGUUCCAGCACUGACCUGGAAUCUACCGAUGGAACAGAGGGGCCACUCCCACUGGACUCCUGCCCUGUAAAGAGAGUGGACGACUUCUCCUUCAUUGAUCAAACCUCAGUCCUCGACUCAAGUGCCCUCAAGACCCGGGUGCAACUCAGCAAGAGAAGCCGCCGCCGGGCUCCCAUCUCCCACUCCCUCCGGCGCAGCCGCGUCAGUGAGUCGGAGAGCAGGUUUCCCUUAGAGGAAGAGACUGACAACAAGUGGAUGUUCAAGGACUCAACCGAAGAGAAAUCACCCAGGAAGGAGGAGUCAGAUGAGGAGGAGAAGCCAUCUAGGGCUGAGAGGACACCAGUCAGCCAUCCUCACAGGACACCGGUGUUACCAGGAGUGGAUCCGGCAGUGCUAAAGGCUCAGCUGCAUAAGAGGCCAGAGGUGGACAGUCCUGGCGAGGCCACCAGCUGGGCCCCUCAGCCCAAGGCCCCCAAGUCCCCCUUCCAGCCUGGGGUGCUGAGCAGUCGCGUGCUGCCCUCCAGUGCGGAGAAGGGCAAGAGGUCAGAAGAGCCCUCUCCCCAGUGGCUAAAGGAGUUGAAAUCCAAGAAGAGGCAAAGCCUUUAUGAGAAUCAAGUUUGACCAGACAGGGGACUCUGCCACGCGUCUAAUUAACAGAAGCCUUAACCGUCAGAACCCACAGAGGAGGCCGAGCUGCUGCCGCUGCUUCCUGCACCACGCUUCCUUCCAUGCCUGGGCCCUUCCUGUUCGGUGGAGGACACCGUCCAGUGGCCCCCUACCCUUGGCAAGCCCUCCCCAGAUCCAGACGGGAAGACCCAUGCUCUGCAAGCACUUCUGACUGCAAAAGAAGCCAGGCUGCCCCAAAACAUCUAUGCGGGUUGUUUUGCUUUUUAUGUGAAAAUUUCUACCCACUUUAGACAACUUCAGCACCUUCAGGAAACAUCAGUGAGAGGCUGGACUAUCUUGUUCUGUUCUGAAAAACACCUGAAUUGUGAAAGCACCUCUUUGCCUCACCACAGGGCAGGUGUUUUUUUGGAAGAACAUUUCCAAGGAAGGUCAAAUGGUUCCUUUCCUGCUGUAGUCUUGGUCCAAGGUAUUACCACCGGGAUGGGGGGUUUGACUGCUUUUGGGGGCAAGUUUCUUCUCCUCAACGAAUCAGCAGUUCUGUUUUUUAAACCUUCCCCGAUGCUUUCGAGACUGUUUACCCUUCUAGUAGGGCUGUGUGCAUAGUCGAUCUGCGUCAUUUAAUGUCACCUUUGUCUGCUUUAGAAGGCGAAAAAGCAAUAAUUCAGCCAAUUUUCUUUGAAACUUGACAUAUAUAUAUGUUUUCGUGUUAAAGGACAGGAGGAAAGAUGUGUGAAUAGUUUGUUUUGAAGUAUCCAAUCACCUCAGGUUAUCUAGUCCCUAUCCAAGCAUUUUAGGAAUUUUAAUUGUCACUCUUGCAUAUAUUUUCCUGGUUUCUCUUCAUUGGAGCUCUGAUUUCUGUGGAGCGACCUUUGUCCCUCGGCCUCAAGGGUUCCUAAACUGCAGCCCCAAUGGCAAUGCCUUUGCCACUUAACGUCAGACCCGCCCUAGGGAUCUUCUUCUCUCUGUAGAGUCUUUUUUGAACACAACCUGGCCUGCUGGUGGUUCCAAAUUGGCCUCAGAACAAAUGCGUGAAUGAGGGGUACUUUUUUGUUUCUUCUCACCUCAUUUUUUCUGUGCUUAACUUCACCCACUUUCCUUGGUUCAGAUGCAAGUCUUAAUGGAAGCUCUUCUUUGCAGGGGAGCCCCCCAGGUGAGGGAUUCUGGACAGAAGUGCGGGGUGCUAGAUGAUGUUAGGUUGGCCAUGCCUCUUUUUUCUUGUUAGCUAUAAGCUCAUUCCUGGGAAUCUCCAAGACCUCUGGGGGCUUCCAGAGACUCUCUGCUCUGGCCUUUUUGGAAAUCCUUAGUACCAGCCUUCUCACUUCUAAAGCACAAGGCUGCAGCAAACAUCCCAGAUAUGCUUGGCUGGCCACAUGCCAUGCCUAGAGUUGCCAUAAUCUUUGUGCCAACCUUGCCUGAGAGACGCCCAUUGUGAGUUGCUUGGGCAGUUCAUAGGUGUGAACUCUCCUCUGUUCAUAGGUGUGAACAGUCCUCUGUUUGUCUCUAGGUUAAGAGGAACACCCAGGUCCUGGUGUGGGUUGUUUCAGCACCAGGGACAGCACCUGCAGGGCCAUGGCCCCCACCUCCACCCCCACCUGCCCAUGGGUGGUGUGCUGGCCCUGUCGGCACCCGGCCUUGUGUCUAGAAGCCUCAUGCAUCUGGAUUUGGGUGCUUGGCCCUGCUUGGCCUCCUCUUCAUUUGCUGAGCUAGGGGUUGGUCAGUUGUCUUGGCCAUUUGGGGAUUUAAUUCUUCCAAGAACUGCUUCCAUUAAUUUUUUUUAAAGAUUCAAGUCAUGUUUUAUAACAAUUGGAUGUGAUGGCUUUUCAUGUCAGUGGGACGCCCUCCCCUUUAAAAUGAACUCCUCAUGUUUCAGCCCUGACUCCUUUUCCUGGCUACAGUCUUCCCUUCAGGUAGAAAGGGCCCUUUGGUACCACCUCAGGCAGUAGGAAGGAAGGCACCUGCUUAAUAUGUUGAUACUCACCAGGCAAAAUUCUCUCUUCUCAACUAGUCGUGUUUUAGUCCAAGAAUACCUGACAGGAAAGAAAAAAGAUCUUUUGCCUAGCCUCUCACACCUUGAUUGGAAAUAACCCAUUUAAUUCCGUGCUGAUGAGGACAUACAAAGUCCAUCCCUGCUUUGUAUGACUAGGGCAAGCCCAGAAGGGGCUUCAGCUCCUUUCACUUUCUGCAGCCUUGUCCCUCCAGCACCACCAAGCAGACAUGACCUCUGGGCCCUAUUCCUGAUCGACACAAUGAGGCCAGAAGGGACUAGUGCUCUGGAGCCUUUGCAGAGAGCUGGGCCCAUGGGUUAUUUAUUUCUCCUCUUUCUGAACUGUGGGAGCUCUUUGCCUGGAGCCCUCUUUGUAAAUCUGUCUUCUUUUAAACUCACUUAAAUAUGCCUUAAUACCUGUGUGCAAUCAAGUCACCUUCCCCCCUGGGGCUUUGGCUGCCCACACAUGAGUCUUAUGCAGAAUGCAAAUCCCUGUGUGUGUACAAUCAGUAUCCCUCCCCCCACUCUCUGCCCCUUUGCACAUCAGCAUUUUGACAGCUGGUCUUUUAGUAAGUCUGUAUCUUUUUCCCCUCCAGUAGAUAAGCUUCUUCCUGGCCCUUCGCCUCGUGAAACAGGCUUUUGGCCUGUGAAAUUCCAUGGUGAGGUCUCAAAAAUCAGCGUUGGGGAGAAUCAGUCCCACCAGCGAAAUUCCCAUGAAAGGGAAACCUUGUGGUAUUUGGGACAUUUGGGGUUGUGAAUGAAGCUGACAUGGCAGCUGCAGGUUUUCCAGGAUUCAGGGAAAGGACAAUCGGAUAAGGAUAUUUUCUGGGGUGGGGUCAAGCCAAGUCACAUGCUUUCAGACAAACGUGUUGUCCUUCCUGCUUCCCCCAAAGUGUGGCCAACUUCCAGGUAUCCCUAAGGAGUGAGAACAAACAUAGGCAUAAGCCCGAGGUCGUAACCCUUAGCGGCUGAGUACGGGAUUUAGAAAAGCUGUCAGCAUGAUUUCCCUACAGGAGAACACAGCUACUCUCACCCAAUGCUCAUGGCUGCCUGGUUGAGCUGUUCUUUAAAACAAUUUUUUUUUUUUUAAUCAUGAUAUGCCCCCUAGAUGGCUCUGAGAACUAUGUGCAAAGGCAAAGUUAAUGUACCCCUGUCUCUACCAUUUAGAUGUUAAGUUGUAGCAAGUCACUGUAGUGAAGGGGAGACUUUCUGUGGCCUCUCAGUGUGCCUUCCUCCCCUCCACCAUGUGUUAAACAUGACAGCCAGGGCCCCCGGUAUCAUGGUUCUGUGGGGUAGGAGGGUGGUACUCCCGACGUGCAGGGAGCCCCUGGAAGCAGGCGGGAUGCACUCCACACCCAGAAGGGGUGCCGAGGUGCUGCAAGCAGUCAUUCUGUUGAAAUUCCUGGCAGGCCAAGGCUCUGGAAGCCUAGAGCCACAAAGUGGCAGGAAGCACGAGUGUGCCAGGCCAGGCUGCGUCUCCUUUGGUAUCUUCCCCUUUCUAGAGAUUUCUCCCCCUACCCCUAUUUUGGUCUGGUUUGGCUUCUACAGGAAGAGGGGUAGAAAGCCAGGCCCUCUUCUCUGGAAAGUCACCUUGAGGUCUCUGGCAAGUUAACCCUUAACAGCAAUACCUCUCAGCCUGUCCCCUUUGCCAUCCCAGAAUUUCCUUAAAUAGUUGCCCUUGUGCCUGUCCUGUAACAUCUUCCAGGCCUCAGACUGGCAGCUCCUUGACAAUCUCUGAUGGCAUCAUGCUGGCUAAAAAUUAUGCUGUGUCUAAAGAAGAAUUUGAGCUUUUCAAUGAUCUCAUCCCACAUAGCCUUAUAGAUCUUGUAAAUAGGGGGCUCACAAAAGUAAUAUAUUGUAUUAUGGAAGAUAUUUUAUACUGUGCUGUUUCCUAAAUCCUACAAGUCCUGCACUUCUCUGACAAUUAUGACCCUCCACAUGCUUUGUAAGAUGGGGUGGGGAAUGGAAAUAUAUAUAUAAAUAUAGUAUAUAUUUUCCUAACCUGCCUUCUGGUUCUUCCUCAGAUAUCUGAGUCAUGAUAGAGGAAGGACUUGAGUUCAAUGUGUAGCAAAGUUAAGCUUCUGGACUGCAGUGUUCUUGCAAUUGCCUUAUGAAUUCACAAGCUCUAGGAGUUCUGAAUGGAAGGCAGACGAGAGGCACUUUAUCCAAUCCCAGAAAAAAAUCUCUAACCGUGUUCAUCUUGAAAAACUUAUAUUUUUAAUGUAAAAAAAGGGAGGGGGGGCCUUCUGGGACCUCACGAAUAUUGGAUGUCUACAAGUGCUUUUAUAUUUUGUAACUGUAAAAAAGGUUUCCUAUGCACAGAAGAGCAGUCAAAAAUCUGGUUGACUGCAAUACCACAUGAUGACUUUUGCAUGUACAAAGACAUUGUAUUCAGACUAUGAAAAUAGCAAAUAAAGCUUUGAAGCAAGUUGCA